AUGAGCAUGACCCCUACAGAAACGAGAAAGCGCACCCGCACCGGCUGUCUUAACUGCAGUCGGCGGCGCCGGAAAUGCGACGAGACGAAACCGACAUGCGUUGGAUGCAAGCGACGCGGGGAGAAAUGUCAAUGGCGCAUGCUAGGGUCUUUUCGCGAUGCUAAUAUUAAAGUGCUUGAGCCGGAGCACCCGUCGAUGAAGCAGUCGGCAAGCCGGAAGCAAAAUAAUAAGUUUAAGAUUCUGAAUGUUCAACCGCGAAGAAGUCAAGAACGAGAAUCUCCACAGGUAUCUCCAAAACCGGUGGAUGACAUCAAUUUGCCUAAUGCAAAUAAUGACCUUGAUGACCCUAACGAAAACGACGACAAUAAUGACCAGCGCCCCGAGCAUGACCAUGGACAUCACAGUCCCGUGAAUAAUAACGAUUCUCUACCAGCUCCUACUCCCGCACCCCCUCCAGCAACAGCACCACCCCUUGAACACAGUCCCUCACAUCAUCUCAACUUCGCAAACCACUCUCCCUCGUCCAGCCAUGGCUCCCACGUUCCCUACCUUUCCAGUCCCGACUUCAUGGGCCUCAUUUCCCACAGCUCCUUCUCGGAGGGCUACCCGGCAGCCAUAGCCUCGCCACUAUUCGAUCACGGCGUCUUCUCUGAUCCAGCUAAUGUAGCAAACAUUGAUGUCUUCGUUCCCGGGUCGGCAUAUGAGGCGUUGCAUACAGCCCUGCGGAAUCGGCAGCUCUGGACAGCACGGCCAGAUAUCCCCAGUCGGGGGAGUACGCCAGAUAUUGUCCCUGGUGUUGCGCCAAACGAGACAGAGGCAAUAUCCGGGAGGGAAUUUACAUUGUCGUCGGAGAGGGAGAUUAUUCUCUGGCAAAAUUAUUUGAAUGAGAUUUGUUUAUGGCUCGACAUGUUCGACAACCAUCGCCACUUCGCAUCGACAUUCCCACAAAUGGCCAAGUCAUCGCCGCAUCUGCGAUACUCGAUUCUUGCACUAUCUGCACGACAGAUGGAACGAAAACAGAACGAGAAGUCGCAAUCGGAGAGCCUUUCCCUGUAUCAAGAAGCCAUCCAUCUCCUACUCCCCGAACUUGAAAGCAAAACAACACCAGUAAUUGCAUCCUGCGUUAUUCUCUGCGUACUGGAAAUGUUAAGUUGCAACCCCAAGGAAUGGCGCCGCCACCUCGACGGCUGUGCAUUCCUUAUCCAAGCCUCUGAGACAAACGGCUUCUCCGGAAAAGAAGAACAAGCACUCUUCUGGUGCUUUGCCCGAAUGGACGUCUGCGGUGGCCUCAUCUCUGAAGAAGAAACCAUAAUCCCGAUUCAUAACUGGACGCCUAGAACGAUGAGUCCUCACCAGGCGGCGCAGCUAUUUCUCGCCUCGAAGGCGAACUUUGAUACGUAUGCUAAUUACACUGUGUAUCUGUGCGCGCAGACACUUGGCGUGCUAUGUGGCGCAUCUAAGCACCAUCAUCCGUCAUGUUUCUCAUGUCAGUAUCUUGACGGAGACACGUUUGUUGAUCGCUGGCAGGGCUUGUUGGAUCGGGUGGAGCAGUGGUAUGGCCAGCGGCCGAGUCAGAUGAAGCCGAUAUUUAGUGGGUAUACGCCGGGUGGUAGGGAGAUGCCGUUUCCGACGGUGAUUUAUGGGAACGGGGCUGCUAUCUCCGGGAAUCAGUUAUAUCAUGCCUGCGCAUUACUAUUGCUACAACGGAAACCGAAGACAGUCUCGUUAUCCAGGAAGCCUAAAUCUGUUUUGUGGCACGCCCGGCAGAUUUGCGCCAUUUCGGCCUCUAAUACACAUCAUGGCUGCUGGACAAACGCUCUACAACCCCUCUGGCUCGCCGGAAAGGCCAUGUCCCAUUGCUCGGAACAUGAAGCCAUUGUCGAGACAUUAACGCGCAUCGAGCGAGAAACAGGCUGGGCAACGGCAUGGCGCGUGGAAGAUUUGAAAGAAUUCUGGGGCGAUGAUGACUGA